CAACGUUGUUUCGAUGUCAUAUUUCCACGUUGAUUCAAUGUCAGUUUGCUAUCUGGGAUUCCAAUAACGACUAUAAAACUACACCUCCCAUGAUCCCUCACGUUAGAAUUGGUGUUUCCGGUUCCGCUGCAUUUUUGGCCAUCUAUCGGCUCAGCUGACGGGACAGAAGAAGAAGUGUGUGAGAUGCCCUUGGAGGUGGCCUGGCCCUUCCCACAAUGCCCUCGCCUGGGCUGGAGGCUCUCCAGCACGGUCAUCACGGGGAUGGUGGGCUCCUACAGUUACCUCUGGACCAAGUACUUCAACUCUCUGAUGGUGCACAACCCGGGCGCGUUGCUGGAGCUGGUGGACGAGCGUCCUCGGGACACGCCACUCAUCACACUGUGCAAUCACCAGUCCUGCAUGGACGACCCGCACCUCUGGGGAGUCCUGAAGCUCCGGCAGCUGUGGAACUACAACAGGAUGAGAUGGGCACCUGCUGCAUCUGAUAUCUGUUUCACGAGAGAGCUCCACUCCCGCUUCUUCAGCAGAGGGAAAUGUGUGCCUGUGGUCCGAGGAGAUGGAGUCUAUCAGAAGGGAAUGGAUUUCUUGUUGGAAAAGUUGAAUCAAGGGGAAUGGGUACACAUAUUCCCAGAGGGUAAAGUGAACAUGUCUGGAGACUUCAUGAGGAUAAAAUGGGGAAUUGGACGUUUGAUUGCAGAGUGCUCGCUUCACCCAAUCAUUUUACCAAUGUGGCAUAUGGGGCUGAAUGAUGUCCUGCCAAAUCAAUCUCCAUACAUCCCUCGAGUGGGGCAGCGAAUAACUGUUCUCGUUGGAAAACCCUUCACAGUCAAACAUCUGGUGAACGGGCUGAGAGCGGAUAACACCAGUCCGAUGGAAAUGCGAAAAACCGUGACAGACUUUGUUCAGGGGGAAUUCCUCGGUCUGAAAGCCCAGGCGGAAGCUCUCCAUCACAGGAUACAGAACUGCACAUAACGGUGAGGAACUCGUGUCCGGACACAUCGCCCUUCAGAUAACCUGGCCUUACCACUGUAAGCAGGAGACACACACCCAGAGCUUCACCUGGUCCUUGUCAGGAGUGUUAUAUCCUCAGGUUUGUGCGUGGACAGUCAGAUAUGAGCUGAAGGAAAGCUGUGACUUCAAGACCUCAGGACACACACAGUGUGUGUAAUGCCUUUAGACUGCGGAUCCGCAGAUUUCUACUUAAUUCUACAGAAUACUUUACCCUUCAGAAAAAAAUAGGAUGAGGAAAGUAGCUCUUUUACUAGUAAUGCACGUCAUUUGUAUUAAUUUUCCUAAAUAUCUGAACAUGUUAAAUUGCUCAUUUGUUGGAUCAGUGAUUAUGACAGUAAUAGUAUUUAUAGGAUUUAGUAAACCUUGUAUUGAGAUGACAGUAAUAGCCGUUACGAGUUCUUCUGUGUACUGAUUCAUCUCCCAAUGCACAUAUGCAUCUUAUUUGCCUGAAUGAGAGUUGAUCAGAAGCAUGUGAGAGUUGGUCUUAUUUUGUUAAAUACAUUUUAGGGAUAAAUAGACAUUUGAUAUUGUUGAAAAUAAAAAUAAAAACUUAAAAUAAAAGGAUAAAACUGGU